AGACUCUAAUAUUUAAGUUAGUAACACAGUGUGAGAAUAAAUAUAUAUAAAAAUGAAGAUCUAUUUGUUACCUCUCAUUGAUUUUUUAUAGAAGGACAUGGACGUGACGUGAUGGUGAUUAACUCUAACCUAUCAUUCUCGUGUUAUAUCCUUUAUGAUCCUUUACUAAUUGAGGAGGAGAUAACUUCUGUUUUAUAGGGAUUAUCUUUCUCAAGAUAAUAGUUUGUAACUAUAAAUUAAUACUUCGAUCUUGUAGUAGUCAUUUGCGUAGUUAUAGUUGCAGGACAGCUGGGAGUGGGCCUCCUUCUUAGUAGUGGGCCUAGAGAGCUAAGGGAUCCAAAUAUCCCCUCCAUCGUUCGAAAAAUAGCUCAUCCUAUUAUUUUUUUAAUUAGCAAUUCAAAUUCAACCAUCUCCGUAUUCGUGAUAGCAAAAUUUACGAAUACAAAUUGAGAUUGAUGAAUAUUCUUUGCAUAACUUUACAACAAAAAAAGAAAAAGAGAGAAAGAACAGCAGUUUCCAUCAAUCACCGAGACGUUGAAAACAAUCUUGUGGUUUUGGUGGAUUAUAAUACUUCCCUCACCGCACAGAGCCCGUAACUAUUGGACCGGAGCAGAGGCUUGUAUUUGACCAACGUCGAGCCCUCCCCACUUCAACGACCAACGGAGAAAUCUCAACUGGUAAGCCUAGACCGAUUUAUUCUCUGCUCUCUCCUCUUCCUCUCUUACUUCUUGUUUGUAUUUCUCUCUUUACAUGCAUCUAUGCGUUCGCAUUUUACAGGAUUUAGGACAUCUGAUUGAAAGAAACCCAAAUGGGUAUCCAAAUUAGGCCAAAGGCUAGGUUUCCUUUCUUCUUUUGAUUUCUUUUGGGGUUCCGAUUAGACACAGUGACUUUUUUUUUUUUUUUGGGACUGUUAAUUUGUUGAUUAGAUUUGUUUCUUGUAUUUAUAGUUUGGUAUCAUGGGUCAGCUUAAGAUUGUGUCUUUGAUCCGAUUUAGAAAGGAUUUGUUAACUUAAUCCUUAAUCUUCUUCCAUACAGAUAUGUGGGUACUUGGAUACCCGUGACCUUUAUCUUUAAUCAACUUCUAUACGUAGAGGUUUACCUAUGUACGUAAAAUUCUAGUUGCAAUCCAAGGGAAUUUUGGGAUUGGGAAAUUUUUGAGCACUUUCCCUUGAGGAUUCUUUUUCAAGUGAGGAGGGCGGAGGACGGUUGGUUUAUUGGAUCUGGGCUUUAGUUGAGACUUGAGAAUGGUCAAAAUGUGUCAAUUUGAAUAUUGUUAAGGCGAUACGUGGAAGAACCAAAUUUAAUAGCUUUAUUACCAAAUGUCACGAGCAAGCUGUGAGGUCAUGCAAAAUGGAUGCGAUUGUUCAUAGUCCUGAUGAUAAAUGCAACUGAAACAAUUCUUUGCUGUAUUUUAUAUUUGCUAGGAACAUGUAUGAGAUUAUGUAAAGUCAAAGAAAUGUGUAAAAUACAGAGAAGAAUUCCUGGACAGUACUGGGCACUGACUUUGAAUUUCUUUGGUCUUCAGAAAUCUUGGUUCGGCUAGUGAUAUUUUUUUUUAUCUUUUCUUUCAUCUUUAUGGACGAAUCAGUUAAUUCUGCUGACAGACACGCCUGGUUGGGGCAGUAAGGAUUCUUUUUCUUAAUGGUUGAAAAUAUUUUAGGAGGUUGCAACCUCGUUUUGCCAUGUUUUGAAGAACUGAAGGUCCAUAAAGCAUUUACAGAUAUAUAUGGUUGAGGAAGCAUUUUGAAAUAUCUUAUCUUUUUACUUCCCCCUUUUUUAUUCGUAAGUUACACUAGCAUCCAAUAGGUCUUGAAAUCUGCGAUCUGACCCAAUUUGGAGGAAGAAGCAUCAUUUAGCUUGAGUUCAUGGGCCGUUGUAGAAACUUUAGGUGUGGCAAAACCUAAGUUUUAAUAUUAUUUUUUUCUCUUCACCUAAGUUUGUUGUUGUCUAUACAUUGCUAGUAUUUGUAGUGUUAAGGCAAUUCAGAUUGUGCAACUCUGGCAAUGGAAGCAAAUACAGACACUGAGCACGUGAUGACAAUUGAGGGAAGGGUUUCACCAACUAUGCACAUUGAUCCAAGAAGAGCUCGGUUUCCAUGCUGCAUUGUGUGGACGCCCCUUCCUAUAAUUUCAUGGUUGGUUCCUUUCAUUGGCCACAUUGGCAUAUGCAGAGAGGAUGGAGUGAUCUUGGACUUUGCAGGGCCCAAUUUCGUUUGUGUGGACAACUUUGCAUUUGGAGCAGUGACCCGCUACCUCCAAAUUAGCAAAGAAAAGUGUUGCAUCUCUCCCGAUCCAUCCUCAUUCAAUAGUGAGGAUGGAUACAAGCAGGAUACACCUGGACAAGAUGGAUUGACAUGGGAUGAUGCGCUACAAAAGAGCACUCAGGAAUUCCAACAUCGAUCUUACAAUCUCUUUACAUGUAAUUGCCACUCUUUUGUAGCAAACAACCUAAACAGGUUGGGCUUUCAUUCGGGUGGGUGGAAUGUGGUAAACCUUGCCACUCUCAUUUUCCUCAAGGGUCACUGGGUGAGUACAGCCUCCAUGGUGCGAUCUAUUUUACCAUUUGCUAUAGUAUUCACCCUCGGGCUCGCAUUCGGAGGAUCAACCUUCCUAACUUACUUGGCCUUUUUCACCUGCAUUCUUGUUGGUUGGUUUCUGCUUGGUACUUACUGUUUUAAGAAUUUGAUUCAGUUGUAGAAUUUCUGUCGUUGGAAUAUUUGAUGUGUACAAACUGCAGUUCAACUGUUGUAUAUGCAAAAUUGCAAGAGAAUACUUCCGACAGC